AUGAGGGAGAGGGAGAGAGAGAAGAUAGACCUUCCAUGGAUAGGGGCAGAUGUUCUCCUUACAUCAACCUUUGCUAUCCGCCUUCCUACCCGUCAUCAAGACCCAGUGCGAGAGCUCACUCAAUGUGUGCAGCAAUGCCAAGGCCAGCACCAGCACCAACGCCAACAACAACAAGGCAGCUCGUCACAGAGGUGCAUUCAAGAGUGCGUUCAGGAUUUUCAGCAGAGGCAGCACGGUGGUAGAAGUCAAUGGGAGUUGGUUGAUGUAAUGAUCAACCCUCGUCGUGACGACCCUGUGCGCCAGUUACAGCAGUGCCAGCAGGAUUGCAAGAGGCACGGCCAGGAUCGGGACUGUCAGAGGGACUGUGUAGAAGAGUUCCUACAGGAUAUACAGAGGAGUAGGCACUCUAUUGAUGAGGUAGACGACGACUCUGAAAACCAGGGUCGUCAAACCUACCGUGAGUGCCAGCAACGUUGCCAGAGGGAAAGAGGUAGUCAGCAAUACGAGUGCCAGAGGAGGUGCCAGAGCGAUAGCAGAAGAGGCGACCGUUAUGACGUAGAAGAGGAAUUGGAUAACCCUUACCACCGCGACCAACAACAACACCGUCAGUGCCAGCAAAUGUGCCAGAGGCAAGGAAGAGGAUUUGAAUGCCAGAGGAGGUGCGUGGAGCAGAUCCGUAGGCAGCAAGAGAGAGGCCAGCACGGUGGACGACAGUACGAGGACGAAGAGGAAUACAUGAACCCUCGCCACCACGACCCACAACAACAGUACAGGGAGUGCCAACAGAGGUGCCAAAGACAAGGACAAGGUUAUGAAUGCCAACAGAGGUGCGUGGAACAGAUCCGUAGGCAGCAAGAAAGAGGUCAGCACGGUGGACGACGACAGUACGAGGACGAGUUGGACGACAUGAAUCCCCGCCACCACGACCCUCAGCAACGCUACAGGGAGUGCCAACAGAGGUGCCAGAGACAAGGACAAGGUUAUGAAUGCCAACAGAGGUGCGUGGAACAGAUCCGUAGGCAGCAAGAAAGAGGUCAGCACGGUGGACGACGACAGUACGAGGACGAGUUGGACGACAUGAAUCCCCGCCACCACGACCCUCAGCAACGCUACAGGGAGUGCCAACAGAGGUGCCAGAGACAAGGACAAGGUUAUGAAUGCCAACAGAGGUGCGUGGAACAGAUCCGUAGGCAGCAAGAAAGAGGUCAGCACGGUGGACGACGACAGUACGAGGACGAGUUAGACGACAUGACCCGCCACCAUGACCCACAACAACGCUACAGGGAAUGCCAACAGAGGUGCCAAAGACAAGGACAAGGUUAUGAAUGCCAACAGAGGUGCCAACAGGAGAUCCGUAGACAGCAAGAGAGGGGACAGCACGGUGGACGACAAUACGAGCAAGAGAUGGAAGAUGAGAACCCUCGCCACCACGACCCACAACAACGAUACAGGGAGUGCCAACAGAGGUGCCAGAGACAGGGACAAGGUUAUGAAUGCCAACAAAGGUGCCAGAGAGAGCUCCGAGAAAGGCACCCUGUGUUGGCUGCCUUCAUGGAGGUCACUGGAUUGUUUUAA